UCUCACCAGUCACAAGACGCGAAUUUUAUUCGCCAAUAAAAACAAAAAUAAAGCAACUUAAGCCCACUGAUAAGCGGACCAGCAAACCAGCAAUCUUCAAUGAAAUCACUACCGUUAGUUAGCCUGUCAUCGACCACCUGCAAGCGCACGCUGAACGGAGCGGCCCCACACGCCCACGCCCACCUCCACCAGCCCCCCCACACCUGUGCGUUGGCCGCCCACCCAGUUCGGUCGUCGGUGCGUUAAUGUUAUCAGUUCAGCAGCGGAGGCAACAGCAACAGCAACACAACGGGCACGAGUGGGCGCGCACAGAAACAAAAGACCACCCACCGCCCAAGGACGAGGCGUAGGCAGAGUUGCAGUGGCAGCAGAAGCGGCAGGGGCAAAGGCAGCGGCAGAAGCAGCGACGUAACCGCACAACGUGCUCGGAAUACCAAAACGUUUCUUUUGGGGUCAUGCCACGAGCUGCGUCGAACGGCUGACAGACAGGAAAUCGCGUGGCCAGCGGACCAACUAAACCACACUUCUUCACUGUGAGCAAUAAAAAACUCUAGUCAAUAGUUCAUAUGGAUGCUACCGCAAGUUCAAAGUUCAGCGAUGUGGACGAGUACGGCUUCAAGCGUGGCGACCACUUCGACUAUAACAACUACUCCAAGUUCAUGGAUGGUUACCUAAAGACGCUGACGCGACGCCGCAUGAAAUGGGAGGCCAUAUUGCAGCAAAACACCGAUCUCACCCAGGUGGACCCCAAGCUGAAGCGGUACAUUCGAAAAGGCAUACCUGGUCCGUACCGUCCCGACGUCUGGAUGAAAAUAUCCGGCGCCGCCGCCGCCCAGCGCCGCUCCCCGGAUCUCUUUCGCACUUUGCUGCGCACCGAGCCCUUCGACAAGGAAAUUAGCGAUUCCAUAUCAAUCGAUCUACCUCGUACCUUCCCCGACAAUAUUCACUUCGAUACGAAGAAGCAGCGCCUGUACAACAUCCUCAUCGCCUACGCCCACCACAAUCGGGAUGUCGGCUACUGCCAGGGCCUCAACUAUAUAGCCGGCCUGCUGCUGAUCGUCACCGACGACGAGGAGAAGUCCUUCUGGCUGCUCAAGCACAUCGUGGAGAACAUCGUGCCACAGUACCACUCGCACAACAUGGCCAAUCUCUUGAGGGACCUGGCCGUGUUCCGGGAGUUGGUCAUCCGGCGAAUACCAGCCGUCAAUCGGCAUGUGGAUAACUUGGGCCUGCCCUAUCCGGUGAUCGCCAGCAAAUGGUUCAUCUGCAUUUUUGCCGAGGUGCUGCCCGUGGAGACCGUGCUGCGCAUCUGGGACUGCGUCUUCGCCGAGGGCUACAAGAUAGUUUUUCGUGCUGCUCUGGCCAUGUUCGUAACCCACAAGAACGCCAUUUUGGGCUGCGACGACAUUGCCGCCCUGGCUAACUUGUUCCGGGACACGAUGAUCCAGGACAGCAUUGUGACGGACUGUCACGGCUUCGUGGAGGCCAUGUUCAGCCUGCGCCUGAAGCGUAGCGAGCUGGAGAGCCUGCGGAAGGUGGCGGUGCUAAAUCCGGCCUAAAAAGCCCUGGUCAAAACGGGGCUUUAUGACCAACAGAUCAAACAACAGCAACAAAACCAAAAACAAAUUGGAAAAGCAAUCGAAAAUUUCAAUUAUUAGGAGCGUAGUUCAACCGUGUCACUGUGUUUAUGUUCAUGAUUGUGAGUGUGCAUUAUGUAAUCGUUUCUAUAUAGUACGUACCCAAGUGUGCGCGCAUUUGUAUUACCAUAGUAGCCCAAUUGUAGUCAAGGCCAAAAUAAUUCGAGUAUUAGCCAACAAAAUCAAAUCGAGUAACCAAAGCGAAAUUUAAAAUGGAACAGAAAAGAACAGAUUAGUUUAACCACAAAUAUGUACGUACCUAAGCUGUAGGAGUAGUAGCCAAAAGUUUCUAGUUGAUAUCUUCCGCAUAUAGACCAUAUAGAGGGCAUGUACACAUGCCCAAUCAUCGGCAGCGCAUUUAGCCCACGUUUAUCCAAUAACAAAAAGUUUGUGUUCUAAGUUAUCUUGUUGAUCAAAGAAUUAUUUAUUUUCGAGUAUAUGUACUUUGAUAGGAAGCUAUGUAAAUGUCUACGUCUAGAUAAAACAUGUAUUUACUUUUAUAUAUAUAAAAUGCUUUUAAAGUUGUUACAUAGUUGACUAACUGUAAAACGUCUGUUAGCCGCAACCGGUUUGUCUCUUAUCGGUUGCCCAAUACUCAAUACUAUUUACAAAAGAUUUAUCCUGAAAUAUAAUUUGAGGAAUUGAUUUGUAAAUGCAUUAUCCCGCUGGCCAUUGAACCCAACAACUAUUCCCUAAAGUGGAAGUGGGCUUUAAUGGCUGGUGGGUUUUAUAUUUCAUGCAGCCGAGACGCUUUUCAAAUAAAAUACUAUUGCUAACUGUUAGUAACUGCAAAACUA